AUGAUAGAGGAAAAAAUUGUCAUUCAUGUGGCAAGACUAGAGGACGUCACAGCCACUGAUUGGCUCAACGUUGGGAAAGGGGGCGUGACCUGCGGAGCCGUACAAAAGGCACAUGGUUUACGAGAAGUAGUCUAUCCGGCGCGAAUCGGGCGGCAUGGAAAUGCUCACACUACACAUUUUAUAUCAAAAAGAAGUUCUAGUUAUGUGCAAAAUUUUGAUUCAAAUGUUCAGUAUGUGCUCUCAGCCUUUGGGAGAAAUUUUUCUCUGGACCUUUCUUUUACCAAGGAGUUUAUAGCACCGACAUUAGUAGUGCAAUAUUUUUCUAGAAAUAAUACAUGGUUUAAUGAGAGCCAUGAGAAUGUUGGACUGUCACGGUGUUUCUAUACUGGUCGGAUUAACCAAGAUUUAAAUUCGAGGGCUGUAUUCAGCCUGUGUGAGGGCCUGUGUAUCUUUAGUAAGAAACCAGACGAUUCAGCAGAAAUAGGGUUAUGGUGUACACUCGUCAGUUGUAAUAUAAACAAAGAUCGACUUAAGCGAAUCGGUGCAAGACUUGGGGGAGGAAAUGAAGUCAUAAAACACAUCAGAGACGGCAAGGACGUGAAAAAUGACUCGGUCAACAUGCCAGUUGACGGAAUCCCUCAGGGUUUUGUUACAGCGAAUAACCAAGUUCAGAGCCUAGGCCCUCCAUAUCAGGAAGUCUGCCUCAUUACAUCUACAAACAUUCACAUACACAAAAAUAGAACCCAAGAAUCUCACUGUGGUGUACAAGAAAAUUAUAAGCACACUAGAAGGAAAGAUGAAGGUGAAGUUAGGUCUAAAAAUACAGUAGCAAAGAAUUCUUCAUUUAAUUCCGAAAGUGCAAAAACUGUUGUAAAUAAUUCAUCUGUAAAGGAAUCAUCGAAAUCGUCAUUAUCCCAGUCAUCAUCAAAAUCAUUGCCCUUUCGUCAUCAUCUCCUAAAGCGUUCAACUUCAUAUAAACGCAAUGUGGAAGUUAUGGUUGCUGCCGAUAACAAGAUGUUACAAUACCACGGAAACGACCUUGAAAGAUACAUCUUAACCUUGAUGGCAAUAGUCGCAAGCAUAUACAAAGAUUCAUCAGUUGGCAAUUAUAUCAACAUAGUGGUGGUGAAAAUAGCUGUGUUUAGAUCAGAACAAGAUGGGCCUCGAGUAACCUCAAAUGCUGCAGCCUCACUCAAAGACUUCUGCACCUGGCAAUACGUGAACAAUCCGUCAGACGACAGUGACCCGGACCAUUAUGAUACAGCUGUUCUUAUUACAAGACAGAACAUAUGCAGAUCUCGAUACAAAUGUGACACACUAGGAUUAGCAGAACUAGGGACCAUGUGUGACCCACGCAGGAGUUGUUCGAUCAUUGAAGAUAACGGCAUCAGUGCUGCUUACACCAUUGCUCAUGAACUAGGACAUGUAUUCAGUUUGCCUCACGAUGAUGACAAGAGAUGUAAAAAGUUUUUAAAGGGACCCUACUCAGACCAUAUCAUGUCCCCCACACUGGACCACAACACCAGUCCCUGGACCUGGUCCCACUGUAGCUCUUCACUCAUUACCAGGUUCAUUGAUGCAGGUUCUGCGGAAUGUUUAUUGGAUCGCCCUGGAAGACGAAGAGAAAGAUCAGAGAAAGGUGAACCAGGAGAACUAUACGGCAUUGAUAAACAGUGUGCCCUCAUGUUUGGACCAAACUUUAAGAUCUGUCCUUAUAUGCUGGAUUGUAAGCGACUCUGGUGUACAGAUAGCAAAUCCAAAUCCAAAGGCUGUAAGACUCUCCAUAUGCCGUGGGCAGACGGGACCAGAUGUGGAAUGGGCAAGUGGUGCCAGCAUGGAGCUUGUGUGGCAAAAUCAAUCCCCAAAAGAGUUGAUGGAAGCUGGGGUGAUUGGGAGAUGUAUGGUGACUGUACCACAUCCUGUGGGGGAGGGGUUCGAAUGGCCAUCCGCAAAUGUAACAACCCUGAGCCAGCCAAUGGAGGUCGGUACUGCACCGGACAAAGAACCAGAUAUAAAUCGUGUAAUACCAAGCCCUGUGACCCUGGCAGCAAAGACUUCCGUGAAAUACAGUGUUCAGCUUUCGACAACAGCCUGAAAUUUCAAGGCCUUCCAUCCAAUGUCAGAUGGGUCCCAAAGUAUGCAGGAAUUCGCUUGAAAGAUGUCUGUAAGCUAUACUGCAGGGCUUCCUCUAGUUCUGCUUACUAUCUUCUGAAAGACAAAGUUGUAGAUGGAACCAAAUGUGGACCUGAUACAUUUGAUAUGUGUGUCAAUGGCAUGUGCCAGAAAGCCGGCUGUGACAAUAAACUAGGCUCCACCAUGGUGGUAGACAGAUGUGGCAUUUGUGGUGGUGACAACUCAACAUGCCGCAUGGAGCGAGUCUUCAAUCGUUUCAACCUGGUUAACUUAACUUAUGGGUACAACUAUGUUCAUACCAUUCCAACUGGAGCAAGAGAAAUUGUGAUAAAACAGCACGGUGUAGUGUCCGGACUUGAUGAAGAUGGCAAUUUUCUAGCUUUAAAGAAUGAAACUCAUCGUUUCAUUUUGAAUGGCAACAAGACCAUAAAUGUGGCCAAGACCAGGAUUCGAGUGACAGGAGCCUGGAUAGAAUACAGUGGAUCAGGGGCAGUUGUAGAGAAGAUCAAUGCUACAGGACCAAUCCAAGAAAGCAUCUCACUAUGGGUGCUGUCAGUUGGAGAGUUAUUUCCCCCUAAUAUAGAGUACACCUACGUCCUUAAUGUGGAGUCACGGUUUGUGUGGAGUAGUGAUGGGCCAUAUGAACCAUGCAACAAUACAUGCCAAGGUUAUAGAAAGCGGACUGUUGUGUGUGUUAGUGAUGAUGAAGAGAAGAUUAUUGUCUCAGAUAAAAAAUGUGAGCGUCUUGAGAUUCCCAAGCCAAUCCCAAGAACAGAGCAUUGCAAUAUGGAAUGUUCUCUUAGGUGGGAGGCUGAAAGACAUGAAUGUUCAGCUAGAUGUGGAGAAGGGGUGUCUAAACAGACUGUAAGGUGUAUAAAGAAGACCAACUGGAGGGAAGAAACUGUCUCUGAAGAUCAGUGCAAGGGGUCAGGGCACCGCCCUGGGGACCUUGUUAUGUGUACAGGGGAGUGUAAUCCCACACAGUGGCAGUACACAGAGUGGUCCAGGUGCACUAAAACCUGCGGAGGAGGAUUCCAGGAGAGGGUAGGGAGGUGUAUGGAUUAUCGUCAGAAUGAGCUUCCAGACACCGAGUGUGAUGACACAGGGAAGGUGAUGAUCCAGAAAUGUAAUGAACACCCCUGUCCGGAGUGGCACGCCAGUGUCUGGAAUGGGUGUUCCCAUACAUGUGGAGCAGGAAUCCGACACAGGAAGAUCUUCUGUUACCAAGGAAAAACUAAAGUCCCCGAGAAGGAAUGUGACAGAGACAGUCGGCCCUCAAACAUGGAAGUCUGCAAUCAGGGACCCUGUCCUAUUUGGCACACAUCAGGCUGGGAGAGGUGCUCUGUAAGCUGUGGACAUGGAGUUUCGGUCAGAAAUGUCCAGUGUCGAAGCAAGGAGGGCCAAAUCCUACGGGGUGGGGUUUGUGACCCCUCCAGUCGACCUUAUGACACAAGGAAGUGUUACAUGGGACCAUGCCCCCUAAAACCCCGCCUGAAAAUGGUAAAGAAGACAAAGUCCCCCAAAAUGAUGGACAUAAUGACCACUACUUCUACUACCCCUCCUCCUACAACUACUACAGAAAGAAAGACAACAACAACACAGCAACCAGUCAAGUGGAGAACCAGUGAUUGGUCUCAGUGUUCUGUGACCUGCGGGGAGGGCAGGAGGAACCGCUUUGUGAGAUGUGAGGAUGCUCAAGGCUAUGUGAGGAGCCCGUCCCUCUGUGGUCAACUGGACCGACCCAUCAGCUCAAAGGCCUGUUCAGAGCGACCUUGUGGAUACUGGAGGUCAGGCCACUGGGGACAGUGCAGUGUGUCUUGUGGGGAGGGAAAGAGGGUGCGUCAAGUCAUCUGUUUUAACUACAACCACCAGCGAACAUCAGACCACCAGUGUAAUGCUGCGAUCAGACCAGAAACCGCUCGCAAAUGUCAGAUGGGGGACUGCCCUGGGGACACUGUGUCAGAAGCACCCAAUAUAAGUACGACCUCCCCACUGUCUGUUGACUGGAGAACAGGUCCUUGGACCAAAUGUUCAGUUACCUGUGAUUCUGGCUGGCAGAGAAGAUUGGUGGUUUGUCUGUCUAACAAUGAACACAGUGAAAAAUGUGACGUCGACCGCAAACCAGAGGAGACUCGAGUCUGUAACAUGCCUCAGUGUCCAUCAUGGAAAACCGGGCUUUGGUCUCAGUGCUCUGUGAGCUGUGGUGGAGAUGGAAUACAAAGUCGUAGGGUGACCUGUGAAGUGAGCAACAAUCACAUCCUACAAGACACCAUGUGUAACAGCACACAGCGUCCAAUUGUCAGACAGGCCUGCAACAGUGGCCCAUGCCAGACUAAGCGCCGCUGGAAAGUGGACCCUUGGCAAUCGUGUUCAGUGACGUGUGGUAGAGGACAUCAGCAGAGGAGUAUUAAAUGUGUUAAUGAUUCUGGAGAUGAGCAGGAUCCUUCAAAGUGCAAAGCCAGUAAACCUCGCAGCAUUAAACAGUGUCACAUGGGUCGUUGUCCAAAAUGGCACAGGGAGAAGUGGUCUCGUUGCUCAGUUACAUGUGGUAAAGGCCUGAAAACUCGAAAACUGACUUGUAAAACCCGAUACUUACAAGUCGUGGAUUCUGCCUACUGCAGCAGUACCCGGAAACCCAAAACGCAGAAAGUUUGUACAAGAAGGACAUGUUCAGACUUUACAUGGAGGAGGGCACCAUGGAGCCAGUGCUCCCAGACCUGUGGUUUUGGAACAAAAGACAGGGAGGUAUACUGUGUUGACCGUCGUGGACAGCGGGUUGACGAUUUACUUUGUGGACCGCAGCACAAGCCAAAAUCACGCAGACGCUGUAACGAGUUCCCAUGUCCCUAUAUCUGGAAUACAUCACCUUGGUCAAAGUGUAAUGCCACCUGUGGUGAGGGAAUGCAGACAAGAACUGCUCUCUGUCAGGCUGUGACUAAAGAGGGGUGGAUCUUACCGGGGUCCGUGCCUUAUGGCUGUCGACGAGAAGAGAAACCACCCACUGUGCAGACCUGUAACUUUGGAGACUGUGGCUCCCCCCAUCACUGGGUCGUGGGGUCAUGGGGAAAGUGCUCCUCCCGAUGUGGUUGGGGGAAACAGCGACGACUUGUAUUGUGUGUCGACGUUCUUGGAAGACGUCGGUCUCGUAAACAGUGCUCUCUAGACUUACGACCAAUAGCGCAACAAAAGUGUUAUAGCGGACCAUGUUAUGCAAGAUCCUGUUUAGAGCUGAAGGAGAAAACAAAGAUUCGUCAUGAUGACACGUACAGUAUACUUGUCAAACGACGAAUACUUCAGAUAUACUGCAAGAAUAUGAGAAAACAACCAUAUGAAUUCAUCACUCUACCAGCUGGGAAUAACUUUGCUGAAAUCUAUGGAUUAAAACUACAACGACCAAAUCAUUGUCCGAAUAAUGGUACUCGAUCUGACGAGUGUGAAGCAUGCAGAGAUAAUCAUUACAAAGAAGAGGGUAACACAACAUACACCAAAAUACGGAUAGACCUCACAUCACUAAAAAUCAUCACCAAUGACACUACCUUUACCACAGGCAGCUAUGGAAAGAGCAUUCCAUUUGCAACAGCAGGGGACUGUUACAGUUCACAGGGAGAUUGUCCACAGGGUCGGUUCAGUAUCAACUUGGCAGGGACUGGAUUUAUUGUAUCUAAGAAUACCAGCUGGACUUUAAGUGGUCUCAGUGCCUCCAAAAAGAUUCAAAUCUUGAAUGAUGGUGAGGUUGUACAGGGUCAGUGUGGGGGCUACUGUGGAAAGUGUCUUCCUGACCCAGCUACUGGACUCCAACUGGACACCAGGCACUGACCAAUGCCAACUUUAGGUACUUGGUAUAUUAAAUGAAAAAAAAAUCUUGCCGAGUUCUUGCACCUGACUCACAAUUCCGUCCUUGGAUACUUACAAAUGUCUCGACAAGUCUCAGUUGUAUUCAGGUUGUCAAGGACAUCCCCAAGGGAACACAGGGUGAGAUGCAGUGAGGUCAAAGGUCGAAGGUCGAGAAACAGAGGUGUUAUAAACCUUAUCACUGUAGUCAUCCCCUCUUCUCCAGAGUGUCAGUUUGACAGAGGACCUCAAAGCUGCACUACAGGCAUUUCUGAUCUCCAGGUGAACUGAUAUUUAACUUUUUUGAGAAACCCAUAUUCUUACCAUGCAUAAUUCAUAACUGCAUUAUGUAUAUCAUGCACGUAACUCACAAACUUCAUACAUCUUGUCUUCUCAGAAAAUGCUCUGUUGAGUUCCAUACACUGCUAAUUUUUUUUGUUUAGAAUUGUAUGACAGUAUGUUUGCAUUGGUUUAUAGUUCCAAAUCUGUUGAUUCAUUGAUGGAACUCUCUUCAAAUAAAUUUUGGAAAGAAACACUUGCGACAAAAAUAUAGCUACAACAAGAAAAUUAAAUAGCCACAAGUCUUGUAUUUAGAUUAAUUUACAGGGUAAUGUCUUGAUGUUUCACACAUUUAGUUUUUGUGUUUCUGACAAGUCAUAACUGUAUCUUUUUAAUGAGAAAAAAAUGCAUAUGUUUGAAGAUCAGUUGUAAAUGUGAGUAUGACAUCUAUUUAAAAGGCCAGUUUUCUUGUUUUAGAAGAGAUUGUUAUAUGUCUGUUCAUCAUAUCGUGUAUAUCCUGAACUAAAGAACAGCUACACAUCCUAUAUAUAUAUAUAUAUUAAAGUGAAGUGUACAUGCAAGUGCAAUAUUUAUGACUAAGUAGUGUUGAAUUUUGUUGCCUGUUUAAAUGUAUAUGGUGCUGAACACAUGUUCAAAGUCUUACUUUUUGAAUUUACAUGUAUAUUUGAAGAUGGUUAAUGAAAUGACACAAUUUGUUGACAUUUUUAAAGGAAUAGAAAUAGAAAAUUAACUUCAUGUUAAUUCCAUCUUCCCUAAUUUUUUUUUUUUUUUUUUUUUUUUGUUCUUUUUUCCCCACAUGCAAAAUUGUGAACAAUGAAUGAAGAGAUUUGAUUAGAUAUACAAAUCUUCAUAAAUUUCUUAUUUCUACAGGGAAAUUAUUUUGAAUUAAGGACAUACGCAACGUACCUUACCUACUGAUAAUUUUUCAAGAUAUUCUUAAUUUAAGAUUAUAGUGCCAUCAAAUGUUCGUAGACAAAAAAUCGGCAUGCAUUA